CAUCAUUGUAGCGUUUAUAUUCAUAUAUACUACUAUAUUUGUCUUAUUUGUAUAUACUUAAAUUUUAAGCGUUUAUCACUACGGAAAAGGAGUCAUUAUACAUAGUAUCUUUCAGAGUUAGGGAUUGAAUACGGAGAACAAGCAAAACUGCUUAAAUGGCGAAUCGGCUGGUGGAGAUGAAUUUCAUCCCAGUGCUCUUCAUUCUGGUAACAACGCCCGUAGCGUUGGUUUCGUCGUGGGAUCCAGAUGCUGGUAUCGUUCUGUCCUACACGAAAAGGGAUAAUGUGACCGUACAGGCUACUUCCGGAGGUGACGUAGGCCGCGUUAUUGACGGAAAUGACAACACAAACUGGGUGUCCGGCAGUUGUCUCCCGAGUUAUUAUUUACACAGAAGUGACGUCAAUAUUUUAUUAAAUGCCUGUGAGAGUGGGAGAUGCACAACAAAUGGAAAUGUUGUCAACACUGUUAACCAUGCGACUGAUGGUGACCCAUAUACCACUGUCUCUGUUAGCGCUGCUUCAACGACGGCAACGUUCUCCGUCAUGUUGGAAACAUCAUCUAACGUGAAGGUUAUUUCGCUCAGUGGAAAGUACAACAGUGAAACCAAACUCUUUGUAUUGACUUCUAACUCUAGGCAGCAAAUUAAAACCUUGAACACCAGUAAUAAUUAUCAGAACAUAAACUCGUUCAUUAAGGAUGACCAAUUACAAGUUACCGGUGUCGAGAUUGAAUCAUCCUCGGAAUUUCUUAUUAAAGAGUUGGGGGCCAUCGGUCCAGACGGCUGCUCGGAAGAAGUGAAAGUAGACCUUGGAGAGGCACGGUCAGUUGGUACUGUGCGGACCCGCCACUGGGCCGGAACAAAUUCGGCCUCCGCGCUGGCUCUCAUGUUGUCGGCAGACGGGCAUACGUGGACUCAAACUUCCCUAGAACCAAAUGCUUUACACGCUGUGACGACCACUGUAAAAUUGCAAAUUGCGCGGUACAUAAAAUUAAGGUAUAGUGUGAACAUGAAAAAUUACAAUAAAGUUUACUGCUAUGAAAUUGACGCGUGGGACGCUAAUGGUAUCUGGGGACCCAGUAUCGCUCCCAAACCAGCAAAGCACAGUUUUCGGGACAUGCUCGGAGUCAACGGAAUAUGGGGAUGGGGAAAUCAAAAGUAUAGUUAUAUGCUAGGGCCCGGUGAAGGACCUUUUCUGUACAAUGCGAUAGCUUCUCAUGCCCGAAACUACCACAACCUCAACUGGGACGUUACCGACCCUGACCUUGAUCCCGAGUAUAUGGAGAUGGCGGCUGGUAGAGGAACUCAAGCAAUGGGGUGGCUGAACUGGGACAGGGAAUAUCAAGCUUGGAGAAAUGCAAACAUGACCAUUGAUGCAUCGAUACAAUUUACCAACAAGACAAUGCCAGACUACGUGUGGGACACUCCAGAGCAGUCCGCCCGUCAUUACGGGCAAGAGUUUGCUAACCAUUUCGGUUCAGAGAAAGGCAACGGAUUGAUCAGUGCUAUUGAAGUGGGUAAUGAACCGUGGGAUUACGACGCACCCUUUUAUGCCGCUGUUCUCAGGGGUAUGAGCGCAGGCGUUAAGAGCGUCGACACCAGUAUGAUCGUGGUUCCUGCAACAUUCCAAGCGGAAAAUAAAGACGAUGUUCACACUUACAUAGGAACACGUGUUCUUGAGGAUGUGGCAACUAACAUUGACGUGAUUAAUUGCCAUACGUAUAGUUUUAUCAAUGACAACAAUGGAGUCCGCAGAGGGACAUACCCAGAAAACAAACUAUCGUCCUUCAACAACAUCCGCCCGCUGUCUCGAUGGCGGGAUGUCAACACUCCAAACAAGCCUCUAUGGGUCACGGAGUGGGGCUGGGAUUCCCAUGGUGUCGGGGAGAACUGCAGUGGCACCGAGUGUGUUUCGGAGCGAGCGCAGGCUAUAUACGCGGUCAGGGGUUUAAUGUUGUUGGCCAGGUCCAACAUUGAACGGGCGACGUGGUACUUCUAUGCCAACACAGACUGUGAAACGUUAUUCUGUAGAAGUGGUUUAACAUCGUCACAUAGAGCAGAUUUCAAAAAGAAAACGGUAUUUACUAUGUUUGAAGCACUGCUGUCAACCAUAGGCGAGUCCUACUUCCAAUCAGUAUGGCAAGAGUCCGCCGAUGGGUAUAUUUACACAUUGAGCAGAUUGUCACAAAACCAUACAGUAUCCGGAGAUUUGAGCGGACAUGUCCCACCUAAUACCUCCCACAUUAUUGCCUGGUUGCCUAUCGACGCAGAUGACACAUCGUUCAAGCAAGUGACCAUCCCCCUUCCACACGACAUCCAUUCCACAUCCGGAAUACGAUUUACCGGAUUUUCCUCGAUUCAACCGAUAGUCCCGAUAUCAGAUUUUAGUCAGUGCGGGCAAAACUUGACAUUUGUUAUAUCCACAGAGCCUUGUUUAAUAACGCUUCAACAUGGAACCAGCGCUCCAAUCGUUGGAUGAUGAUAAAUAAAAUGUAAAGAUUGACUUUAUUCUUACAAUGCAGUAUAUAAAUGAAGGAAUGCGUGUACGUCUAUCAAAUGAACUGUUCAAUUAUCGAUGAUUUCAUAUUGCAAUUAGAGUCAUACUGCCAUGCAACAGUAAUAGAGUAUAGUGCAUAAAUGGCUGUACGUAUGUGUAAUUAUACGAUAGGUACAAUGAAUAUAUAUUUAUAAAUAGUACAUGACUGUGUAUAUUAAUAAACUAUGUCCAAAUGACACUGA